AGUAAAAUACGUGUUCCGUUCACUCUAACUUAUAAUUAUGUCUGGUCGCGGUAAAGGUAGUAAAGUAAAGGGAAAGUCAAAGACCCGUUCAAGUCGUGCUGGUCUUCAAUUCCCAGUGGGUCGUAUCCAUCGUAUGUUACGCAAAGGUAACUACGCUGAACGUGUUGGUGCUGGUGCUCCAGUGUACUUAGCAGCUGUUAUGGAAUAUCUUGCCGCUGAAGUACUCGAGUUAGCAGGUAACGCUGCUCGUGACAACAAGAAGACUCGUAUCAUCCCACGUCAUCUCCAACUGGCCAUCCGUAACGAUGAAGAGUUAAAUAAACUUCUUUCUGGAGUUACCAUCGCUCAAGGUGGAGUUCUGCCCAACAUCCAAGCUGUCUUAUUACCCAAGAAAACCGAAAAAAGCAGUUCUUAAAUUACUAUCCACUUUCCUAAUAAACAAAACGGCCCUUCUCAGGGCCACCAAAUUUUUCAAAACGUACGAAAUUCUUUAGUUAUUAAAUUGCCGUCAUUUGAUGCAAGUGUAUUUGUGUAAAAUAUAUUAAUGACCUGCCGAAACAUGCGGCUACAUCGCUAGCAUUUUUCGCUGAUAAUACAGGAGUAUUUUUUCCCUCAUGGAAAUUAGAAGUAGUUCUGCGUAAUAUACAAAAGCAUAUAGCUUUAUUAGAAAAAUAUUACAAACAAUAGAAAAUCAAUCAAAUUUAACCACAAAAUUUUAAAAACUUUGAUGCGAGCUCUCUAGCACCUUGUAAAACUGAGAUCUUCAAGUAAUUUCUUUGAGCAAAUUACAUUUCAAGUAUUUGGAAUAAUGCUCAUAGAAAACAACCCAGCAAUUUUACUAAAGAAAACAAUGGGUGGACAUUGGAAAACAACCAGUACCAGUUUUACUGGUUUGAUGGUGAUCAACUACCGGGUUUAGUCAGUCAAUCGCUUCAUCAAAAUACAGCUGCUAGCGACAAUAACGAUCAAGAUAUUGACUAUGAUGAUCAUCAUUUCAAUAUAGAAGAUGAUGGAGAUUCGAAUGAAGCUUUCAAUGAUGUUCAGGAAAAUUGAAAGACAUAAACAUAUUUUUUAUGAAUAAUAAUGAUAAUAAUUAUGAUAACAACAAUAAAUUAUUUAUAUUUUAUACAAUACUGGCCAAUAAUUCUUGAGGGGUAGCGUAGAAUCGGGAAAAAAAAAAUGUCUCAAAAUAAAAAUGUAUAUGACUACUUUCAUACAAAUGUAAAAAUAUAAAAAUAAAAAGUUGUAAAAAAAAAUUCAAUUAUUAAAAAUAUAUAUACAAAUAAUAAAAUGUAAAAUUAUAAAUAUGUAUUGUAAAAUAA